AACGAAGAUCAAAGAAUUACUUACUGAUUCAGUGGAUCUGAAAGAACAAGAGAUUCAGGCAUUUACAACAAAUCUAAGUAAGGCUGUCAUGGAUGAAAAAGAGGAAAUUUCUAAAUCUUCAGCAACAAUAUCAGCUAUUGUUAAUAUAUUAGAUAAAAUCUCAAGUGUUUCAAAAGAAGUCGAUAAAGAUGUCAUGCAGAAUGUGCUAGAUACUGUUGACAUCAUCAUUAGUGAUGACGCAAAAGAGUCCUGGGACUUUCUGAACACGAAUCAAACCCAAAAUUCCAGCUCUCAACUUCUGGGUUCACUGGAGACAAUCUCUGACAAAUUGACUGGAAAAUUAGAUUUAAUUACUCAACGGAUCAAGCUGGACAGAACUGAAUUCAGCAAUUCUUUGAUUUCCAACACUAACAGCAAUGCAACCAAACCUGAAAAUACCAUCAAUGCUGCUGUUCUGCUUGUCAAAAUAAACGAAACAAUUCGCAACGUCACCUUAAGCUACAACAAGCUCAAUACCACCCUGGAACUGAACCCACAGUGUGUCUUCUGGAAUUUUAACCUCUUAGAUAAACGUGGUGCCUGGGAUGAUGAGGGCUGUAAGUUUGUUUCAGACAUAAAUGAUACUGUAACCUGCACCUGCAACCACCUCACCUCUUUCUCAAUUCUGAUGUCAACUGAUAUUCCUGAAUCAAUCAGAAUAUUACUGGAUAUAAUGACUUAUAUUGGAGUUGGGAUAUCAAUGAUCAGCCUACUUAUUUGUCUCCUUAUUGAAGGAAUUGUAUGGAGAGCCCUAACCAAAAAUAGCACUGCCUUCAUGCGCCAUGUUGCCAUUGUUAACACGGCACUGUCCCUGCUGAUUGCUGAUAUCUGUUUCAUCAUUGGAGCCUCUAUUGCAAAGAACCCAAAAGAAAACCCAGAUGAGGACUACUAUAAAGUGCCAGUGGGACCGUGUAGUGCAGCAACCUUUUUCAUGCACUUUUUCUAUCUUGCCAUGUUCUUUUGGAUGUUUGUUUCAAGCCUCCUGCUCUUAUAUCGAACAGUCAUGGUCUUCUCCCAAAUGUCCAAAUGGGCCAUGUUUGCUAUUGGCUUAACUGUGGGAUAUGUUUGCCCUCUGAUUAUAGCUGUUACUACAGUUGCUGCCACUGCACCUGGGAAUGGAUACGUGAGGGAAGAUCAGGCUUGUUGGCUAAACUGGACUAAGACUAUGGCCCUCUUGGCCUUAGUGAUCCCUGCCUUGACCAUAGUUGUGUUCAAUAUUUUAGUAAUAAUUGUGGUCUUGUACAAGAUGCUGAGAAGAAGAAGUACGGGAAACACAGCCCAGGCAGAUGAAAAACACGCCUUGGUAGUCAUUAUCAGAUGUGUGGCUAUACUAACUCCUUUAUUUGGACUGACCUGGUGUUUGGGAAUUGGAACCAUGUUGGACCCAACAAAUGCAGGGAUUCAUAUUGCAUUUGCUUUCUUCAAUUCACUCCAGGGUUUCUUUAUUUUAGUGUUUGGGACAUUAUUUGACUCCAAGAGAGAUGUGAAUGAAGUAGUGAGAACAUGGAAUACCCACUAUAUCAGACCAAAACCUGGACAAGAAGUUGCUGGAGGUCGACCCAUCCUCAUGUACACAGUCCCUCAGGAGUAUGAUGCUGAGGACUGUCUUAAAACAGUAGACAUGGAGGAGGUUGCGGUAUUAAAGGAGGAGUGCACACCCAAGAGGUUCACCCCGGUCAACGAGAGGGUGGCCUCCUUCCGCAUUCAUGUGGGGGGACAGGUUCUGACUGUUGUUUGA